UUGUGUACAGUAAUUUAAAUUCUAUAAAACCAUUAUUUUUAUUUAAUUUUUUACUUAUUAACACAAUUUGAUGGGCAUCUCCUUCUGACACUUCCUCUCCUUUUUCGUGACGACUGGGUGGUUCUUUUCAUGGAUUUGUAUUUUUAGAUGGUUAGAUAGCCUAGGUUAGUUUUGUAGGCAUAGUUUUAGGCCUGGUUGGUUAGAUUGGUUUGAUUUAUAACUAUACAAUAAAUUACUUUGUGGCAGUAGCCAGUACCUCUGCACUUUCUGAAUGGUUCCUUUCAUUGGCAGGUUUUUUUUUUAGUUAAAAAUAAUUUUUUGUAUUGGGUUUGGUGUGGCUAGGAUGGUUAAUGUCGUUAAUGAUAAAUCAUAUAUCUAUAAUGUAGUAGUAUCUGGUAAGUCAUUCUUCUGAUAAACCCCUGUGUGAAUUGAAUGGAAAAAUGGUGUUCAGUUUAAAUUUAGCGACAAUUCAGGAAUCAUGUCGUGUUCUGGAUGCACAGUUAAUUUCUUCCAACUUUUUAAAAUUGUAUCUGAUGAGAAGAAAAUUGAAGAAUUCUUGUUUGAUCACAGUCUACUAAAGAAGAACAGUAAGUGUCCGACCUACAAUUCGGAUGUGCCAUUGAGCAAGAGAAAUCAUUUCAGUGCAACAGCAGUAUGGCGUCAGAUGUCAAAUGAAAACAAUAUGGCAUCAGGUGUCAAAUGAAAACAAUAUGGUGUCAGAUGUCAAAUGUAAACAAUAUGGCAUCAGGUGUUAAAUGUAAAUGUACUGUCGGAAGUCAAAAGUAAACAGUAUCGUGCUGGUGUCAAAUGUUAGCAAUAUCACAUUGGAUGUCAAAUGUAAACAAUAUGGUGUCGAAUGUCAAAUACAAACAAUAUCGCAUUGGGUGUCAAAUACAAACAAUAUCGAUCUGGGUGUCAAAUGUUAACAAUAUGGCGUCAGAUAUUGUUUGGCUUUUGUUACCUGAAGCCUGAAGAAAUCAUCAAAUUCAUAUCACGCAAAACAUUGCUGGUGCACUUUUCAUCAUUUUCAUAAGGUCUUGAUGAGGAUGUAACAUGUAGCAGACUGCAACAACUUCCAAACUUGUGGGUGAGGUGCCGAGCAGCGGAGGUCAAGAUGGAGGGUCCAGACAGCCGGCCCCCCCAAAUAUCCCCUUCCCUCCCCCCACCAGCCAUAGCAGCAGACUCCCAGCAGACCCCACCCUCACCUCCACUAGAGCCGUCGCCCACCUCCCCCAUGCAGUCCCUCCCACACACCCCGCCACGCCAUUCACCUCUGCCUCACACGCCCAUUACGCCACACACGCCCUUACCCCACACCCCCCUCACUCCACACAGCCCCCUCACUCCCCUCACCUCCCAGAGCACUUUAGCAUCAGAGGCCUCUAUGGACUCUGGGGUGGCAUCCGCACAUUCACUGGAUCUCUUACACAACAGUAACAACAGCUUGGAGACUCACGCACUCCGCAGGAGGGCUGGGAGCAGCGUGAGUAGUGGGACGAGUGAGGUGUGGUUGGGCUCCCUGGACGGUGAUCCAGCUGGCCUGGAGGUCCUGCCAGAGCUGUGGCCUCACUCUGAGAGCCCCACAGCACUAGCACAUAGUCCAUCCCCCUCACACCACAGCCCCUCCUCUCCGCGUCACAGCCCAACUCCGAGUCACCACAGUCCUACGAUCUCCUGUCACAGCCCGUUACCUACCCACCAGAGCCCCACCAUCCAGCAUCAUCUCCUCCCACCCCAAGAAAUAGACGUCAGUGGGCCUGCUGUGCCCGUUGUAGGUCAGGACUGCGAGUGGCAUCCCUCAUCCCCAAGAGACAACCCCAAGGAAGCUUUUUCAUCUGUGAUACCACUUCACCCUAGUGCCCUAAGUCCUCACACAGGCCCACUGAGGCCAGGAGUUGAACAAGCUGGAGAGAACAGGCAAAAUUGUGUAAUAACUGUGAACUCAGCUCCUAGUAAUGGUAAAUUGCAAAGUGAACGAGUUUUUGCAGAAUUUUGUGCAAGUGAUGAGGCAUUUUAUGAUAAAAGGUUUUAUAUAAAAGACUCUCAAGCAUUGUUAAAAGAGAAUUAUAAUUUAAAUGGUAUGUUAAGGAAAACUAAAGAAGCAAACAAUCUAACAGCUACAGGUAACAAUGAUGUGGAAUGCAUGGCUAGGGAAGGCUGUGUGUGGAUUGACAAGUUUGCUUCGUUAUUUGUGAAACAGGUCAUAGAGGAGGCUCUCACAGUGAGUUCCUCCAUCGGUUGGUCUAUUAAGUGUUCAGGCCAGUGUCAGCGUGAGCAGUGUCGGGAAGAAUAUCAAAGAAAAGAGAGCAGUUGGUGGACUGUGGGGGGAGGCAAAGGUAAUCGUAAAUCCAGCAUCCCUCUUUUGGGACUGUCUUGUGGAAGCCCUGGUUUGUGCUGGACCCCAGAGCUGCCCUACAGUCCUUCACACAGACCGCACUCCAGAUCUUCUUUGGGCUCUAGCCUUUCCUUCUCCCAUGACUCGCUGGUAAGUUCCGGCCCUCGCAUGGAUGACUCUCACCUCAUCACCGGCGCUGUGUCACACGAUGCCUUGCUCUUUCCUACUUCCAAAACCUCCCACAGUGAUGUAAGUGACAUUUAUAAUGUGCCACUGGAUGGAGAUAUCUAUGCAGUGCCAGUAGAUGUAGUAAAGCCUAAGGAGGGGCAAAUAUUACACCCAAAGGCCAUUAUGCAUCAGCCCAAAAAAAGACAUCAUAGGAGGCAUGCUAAGAACAGUGCCAGUGCCAGUGUGUUAAAUGAUAGCAGUUCAAAAAAAGUAAGUACUUCAGAACAUGUUAGUGGCAGCAGACAGUUCAAAGAAAGUAGUGUAACCAGAAGCAGACAGCAUUCUGGCCAGUCAGUCGCGUCUGUCAGCGGCGACUUGUUGCGAGUCAGUAAGCGUCAUAGUGUGCCCAGUAACAUUGGUUGUGCUCUGAGCAUGACUCCUAAACAUGGUGCAAGUAAAGAAAAUCACGAGCCUAUACACAUGACUCUGGAAGAGGUCAGAAAAUCUUUCCAUGAGUCAGAUGAUACAAUAAACUGUAGUAAGGCUAAUAGGGUUCAGCAGAGUAAUAAAGGUGUUCACGAACAGUCUAAAAUAUGCAGAAUAAUUCCGUUUACAUCAAUGAAGUCGUGUAAAAGAAAAGAUAGUUCAGAAAAUCGUCUUGAGGAUAACCGAAAGAAAGGCAGAAGUAUAUCUAGUAACAUUCGUAACACUCUAAUUACCAUAUUUGGCCUCAAGAAAGGAACUAAAUCCAGUGGCACAAGAUUGAAAAGUGGGAGCUGUGUGGAUGCUGCAACUCAGGGAUUUUCAGAAAUUGCAGGCAACGGGACCACAACCCUUGUCUGCUCCCCCGCCUCAGGUCCGCAACCCAACCAUACAGCCAACCAAGCAACAACCACCAUCACCAGAAACAAUCACAAUCAGCAAAACCACCACAGCAACCACCGCCACUCUAAUGGCAUCAAUACCGGCUUAUUAUCAUGCCUAGGCAAUCUUAGGACAGAAACAGAUGACCAACCAGCAACCAUAGCUAACGUGCCACAGCAAAAUCAUGCUCCAUCACGCUCUCCAGCCAUUGUAACAAACAGAGCAUUACCUCCCCUACCUUUGCCUGCUGCUGGGGAGGACGACACCUCCGCCAAGAAUACCCAGACUGAGGUCGGAGGAGAUCGCAGGGAGGAGGAGGGCUGCGAUUUUGCAUCAAUAAUAGAAAAAGUGAAAGAUUGUGGAUGGUACUGGGGCCCAAUCAGUGGGGAGGCAGCAGAGAAGGUGUUGGCGAAUGAACCAGAUGGAUCCUUCAUAGUGAGAGACUCCUCUGACCACCACUAUAUCUUCUCUCUCACCUUUAAGCUCAAUGGCUUCAUACGACAUGUCAGGAUUGAGCAUGACCAAGGUAACUUCAGUUUUGGUGGGUUCACAAAGUUUAAAAGCCAAACCAUCGUGGAGUUUAUAGAGAAUGCAGUUGAACAUUCUCGCAGUGGUCGCUAUUUGUUCUUCUUGCACCGCCGCCCUGUACUGGGGCCCAUGAGGGUUCAGCUCCUUCAUCCUGUGUCCCGGUUUAAGCACAUUCAGAGUCUUCAACAUCUUUGUCGGUUUGUAAUCGUGAAGCAUGUUCGUCGUGAUCUGAUAAGUGAGCUCCCUCUACCUCAGCGACUGAAAGACUACCUUUGCUCUCCACAUUAUUAUUCAGAAAGAGUUGAGCAAUGUAUGGCAGCUGCAGCUGCUGCUGCUACUGAUGAGGAUAGUGCUUCCUCUGGAGCUGCAGGUGAAGGGAAUGGUGUUCCUAGUGAGGUGCUUCAUCCUUCGCUAGGAGAGUUAGAGGAUAACCUUCCCACUGCACCAGCCCUCCUGCAAGGCUUCCCCGGUGUACCUCAGCCUGUGAUGGACCGUGCCUCCCAGACCUCCCAGGCCACUUCUCCCAACCCACCACUGUCCAACCAGGACCUCCCUGACCUUCAACCUCUCGACAAUAUUCACAACCCCAGUCUACAAGAGACUGAUCCAAGCCAUAACACAAGCAGUGCAAUACAGACCUUACAAGAUUCAGAGCAUCACAUAAGCAGUGUAGCACAGCCUUUCCCAGAGCCCAGCCACCACUCAAUGACCCCCCCAGUCAGUGUUGAUCAAGAUUCCAGAACAGCCACUAAUCACUCCCCUACUUGUUGCUCACCUGCACAUGUGGAGUGUGAUACUUACCCUGCAUGCUCACAGGUGACCCAAACUAGCCAGGCUCAUACUGCCAGUGCCUCACCUGCCCUACAGGGUAACCUUGCCUUUGCCCACCAACACAGUGGGCCCCUCUCACUCAAUUCCUCAACGAGUGAUGUGCAGGACGAUACAAGUUUCCCAAUUGAUAGAGCACUAACGUUUAAUGACAGUGGUCACAGUGAUGCAGGUAGAAUAAUUAUAAAUGCAACAGUCUCAAGAGAAUUUUUACGGAUCAACCCUUGCAGGGGUCUUGAUGAUCAUGUGUUUGAAGACUUAGGAGGUGUAUGAAAUCAUUCUGUCCUGCUGAAUAGCUUCUAAUUUUGGAGUGCUGUGAAUCUAGUUUAAGGGUAGCUGACCUAGUUACCAUGUUCCUCUGUCACUUUUCUGUUUGUAUAUUUGCAAAACUUGACUUGUAGAAUUAAAUUGAUUUACUAAUAUGUAUUUAUUAUUGGUUGUUAGAAUUGAAUUACAGUAGUUUAUUGAUUUAUAUUAUUUGCUUAAACAACCAAAGACAUCAUAAUUUUGUCUCUUCAGAAUAAGAAAGGCAUAUGCUGUGAAAUAUCUUGCAAAUAUUUUAAGUCAUUGGAGUUGGCCCUGUCUAAAAUACUUUAAAAUUUCUUCCUAAGGAUUUUAUAGUUACCUCUUUCCAUUUUGUUUUUAUGUUGCAUAAAUUUUUGGGGAAGGAAUUAGUAAGCUCCUUGUCACUGCCAUCUCCACCAUCUGCAAGGUGUCCCAUCAAUAGUACUGUUGCUAAAUUAGGACAAUUAAAAAUAUUAAUUAUUAUUUAAAUAAACCUUAAUUAUUUCAUUGUCACUAGAACACUUGCAAUUGUAGAAUUAUAUUUUGUUCUGCAUAUCAACUUUUAUCAAGUGAUGGAAAUGUUCAAUAAUUUAAUUGAGUGCAAAAUUUUUUUUUUAUACUUGUGAGAUUAAUAGUUGGGAUCUGCAUAUCUUUUUACCUGAUUAUUGUUGCCAGUAAUGUUCAGAACUAUUUUUUAUAUAUAUUCUGGAGAAUUUGAGCUUAUAAUGACCACUCAAUUCCCUACAAUGCACAAUCUUUUGUACAUGAUAAAGGAACAAAAUAUUCUCUCUAACUUAUACUUGUCACAUCUUUGAGUUUUGCAUUCAGGCUGUUUUGAUUAAAUCUGUUAAUUUUUUUUCAGUAAAAUACAUUGUUAAUGAGAAAUUGUGUGAAACUAGCAGUAUCUUGAGUAUCAUAUAUAAACUAGACACUUGGUUUACCAGUACAAUGUCAUCAAUAUAAACAGAACUUAACUGUGUUAGUCAGCCAAGAAUAGAACUUGACAACUGUAGGAUGGAGUUUGACACUAUCCACUGACAUUGAGAAUAUUUUCUGUUAAAGGCUGAACCAGCAUUGUAGAAUACUGUAUAGUCAAAUUUGAGUACAGUAGUAGUUAACAUUUGCAUUAAAUAUUAAAAUUAGAAAAAAUUGACACUUUAUAUAACUUGUUGCUCAAAAAAAAAAUUUUGUCACAGUUCUGAAGCAAAACUUUGAAAUUCAGAAUUUAAUUACUAGUCUCAGCACCUGCUACUGUAGUUCAUGUGCUCAAAAAAAAAAAUUUGUCACAGUUCUGAAGCAAAACUUUGAAACUCAGAAUUUAAUUACUAGUCUCAGCACCUGCUACUGUAGUUCAUGAAGUCCUGGGUAUUAAAUAAAAAAAUUAAACGAAGAAAAAAGUUAAUCCAGCUUGGCUAGUUUUAGGUUCAAAUGACAAGGCCUUGAAAUUUUUACCAAAUCUAUGCCUCACAUAAGACAUACCCUAAGGUGUACUCCUAAAGGUGUACUCCUUAGUCUUCAGCCUGUGACUGCUGAAUUACUUAUCAUUUUGUAGAGUGCUUUCUUCAUUGUUAAGUAUACAGUUAACCCAACCUUUAAUAGUGCACAUUCAUAUUUUCAUGCUCCACCCCAACUCCCCUUUUUUGUAUCUAUUAAACAAAAUCCAUUUGAUAACUUUACAUCAAAGAAAAAAUGGUGUUUUAGAUUAAUGCUAGGUUAAAUGGGUGCUGGAUAAUACUGUACUUUGGCGACUCAUGAACCAUUAUUAGACAAUGAAAGAAGGAUGCUCAAGUGUGUAACCUUCACCUUGAAGUUAUGAAGCAUUCUGGCCUGACAUCCAUCGGGAAAAGCAAUUUGCUCAGGUUCCCCAGUGAUUCAUCCUUCCUUUAAUAGCAACUUGGAGAACAAAUCUGUAACAGCUCUUUUGGAGGUAUAUUAUUGUUAGUUUAUUGAUUAUUAGCAUGGUUAAACAUUAAUGAAAAGCUUUUGUAUUUGUUCAUCAGGAAAUGGUAUACAAAUGUAAUUUUUUUUUUUCAGUGGUCACCAAGUGUGACUAUUUACUAAUUCCAAAGUAUGUACAUAUUUGGUAUAGGAUUUUAGCAUUUGAAAAUGUAACAUUCUAUUAGACCGAUGUUUCAGAUUUGUCCUCCAAGGCAUCACCUAGACAUCCAGACCAUACAUCUGCCUCUUCCACUUCAUAAUAAACCCACAGUAGGUCUAUACCCCUCGUUGUUACGGUAUAUUUUACCAUAUGCCUAAAUGUCUAAGGGAACAGUUUGGGAUCCACUUCUUGACAAACAGCACAGUAUUUUGCCCAUUAACUAUCAGAACAGUCAUUAGUGAUGGAGAAUUAUAAUGGUGGUUUCAUACAAGUGAUGUGCUGCUCCUCAAGAAGAGACUUCAAAAUGUAACCCUCAACAACGUGUAAACAUUGUGAUACUGGAUUUCUCAACACUUCUCAGCACCAGCCAUUGCCUAAGUGACAUAAUGGUGAAGCAAAGGGGUCGGGGCUUAAAAUUGUUCACCCACACAGACACUGUGUCACUGUUCAUAGAGCAUCAUGCACGAUAAUGUUUUCAGUUUGGGGAAUUGCAAGACUUUCUGUAGUUGACUAUGUAUAGCAAAAAUUUCUCAAGAUUAUUAAUUUGGCACCUGGUUAAAACAUAUUACAGGAGUACCUGUAUUGUAUACGAGGCCCAUAGCUGGUCUUGCAAGAGGACCAUUCUUCACUUAGCACCACAAGUGCUUUAAACCUGCUUGUGAUCAGUGUUAAUAUUUAAAAUGAAACUAUUAAUUCUCUUUUGAUAUCAGUCACUAGUGUGAGUUACUUGGUGGAUAUUUUAAUGAAUGAAGUGGAAAAAAUUGACUUAAUACAGUACAAUGUCCUUACCUGCUAAUACAUGAAACAAAGAUGCUGUAGUGUGUCAUAUGAACACUUAAAAUUAAGAAUUAGUUGCAAGAUCUAUAAUGUAGUUGAUGGAAAAGAACUGCACCAUAUUUUUUAAUUAGAUACCUGUAGUUGAUAUGAAGUAUUUUGACUAAUCUUCGAACAACUUUAGUGAUUUAUAGGAGCUAUCUUGCUUUAAAUUUAUUAGAUAUUUUUAUUAAAUGAAAAUCUACUGUCUAUGAUAUAAAUUUCUCUGUGGCGUGGAAGAGUAACAUCAUAUAGAGAAUAGGCUGGAUACGUCACCUGAAACACGAGUCAAGCCAGCCAAGGUUGGUAGUGUGUGUGUGUGUGUGUGUGUGUGUGUGUGUGUGUGUGUGUGUGUGUGUGAACCCAAAGUUGUAUUGAGGUCUUGGCUCAGGUAACCCUUCUUGCCCAGGUGAGCUCCUAAUUAAAUCUUUACUAACCGGUUGCCUAAAAAUGAGGCAUUAUUUACAAACGAUUAGUAGAUAUCUGUGCGAUUGUCAGAGUGUUGAUAAAGUAUUAUUCUAGUCAAAAAUGAGAGGCCAGACAUGUCGUUAAAGUAGUGUCACUGGAGUCAUUUAUUGCUUUCAUAUGGCAGUAUCAAUUGUGAUCCAUAUUUUACAAUGCAGCUAAAGACUUUAUUCUGUACUUUGUUGAUACAUGCAUAUAACAGAAAUAUCAUGUAACUGAAUAUGCAGUUAUGGAUGUUGUACUAUAUAUAGUGGCUAGAGCGUCAGCAUUACCAGUAGCAAGUUUUGGGGUAGCAUGUUCACGCCCCGACCCCGUCCUAUAUGCCUGUGUGUUAAUCAUGCCCACAAGUCUGCCAUGUUUGACAACAGCACUAACUUAAUAUGAAGUCUUGUUUGAUAUUUAGAUAAUAGAUACAAACAGUGUGUUUUUAGAGUCUCGUGACAGUCAGUCAGCCAUUUUUAUACUUAUGGUAAUAAUUCUCUAAGUCUACCAUUACCUGUUUUGUGAACAGGCUAAGGGACUUAGUGAUGUUGGUACCAAGACUUGGUUUGGCUGUUCUCUUCACAUAUGUUGCAACUUUGUUCCUAUAUGGCAUUCAAGUACAGCAGUUUGGUAGUUUGUUCAAUUUGUUUAUUAAAACUUAUACUGUAUUGAAGGAGACGUGCAGUUGUUUUAGAGAAGAUAAAGUACAGACUCAAGUUCAGAAAACUGCUGGAAGGCUCAGCUUCUUUUGCUACAGCUCAAAUUACUGCAUACUUUGGUUAUGUAGAAGAUUGCAUGUUACAAGUGUUUCUCUGCUUACAAGCAUAGAAAUUCAUCCCAUAGUCUCAAGAAAAUAGAACACAACAAGAGUUUUUGGUAUUGGUGUGUUUCGGCAUUUUUAGGAUAAUACAAUUAGGUUCAAGUGCUUAUAUGCCAGUUACAGUGUCACAUUACUGUGAAAAGUAUCCAGAAGUAAGUUCACACAACAGCAUUUGUCUGCUGUUUUUUUUGUUUUGUUUUUUUAUUUUUGUUUUUUCUUCUUCGAUGUUACCUCCGCUUCAGAACUGGAACAUGCAGUUUCAGACCCAAGUAAGUUUGGUGUACCAAUUUAACACCUACAGUACUCCUGGUGUAAUAACUCCCAUGUGCUUGUCAUUAAUACCUGGUAGCUAUUCUCAAAGUAGUGUAGAGUCCUUCCUUCCAAACCUUAUACUGUCCACUUGUAUCAGGGUAAUGACCCCUUCUUAGGAACAUGUGUGCACAGAGGCAGGAAAUCAUAUUAUAGUAACUGCAGUCAGCAUCUGCACUACUAGUAAAAGAGACCUGCCACAUUACCACUUAUAAUUCAGCAUUUCUUUAUGAAGACAUAGAAACAGCCAAUAGUAACUGAUGUUAAGGGAGGUAGAAUGCUAGACUACAGAAACUGUAAGAUGAGUAUCUGCACCAUGUACUUAGGAAGGCAAGCAGCCAGACUUACAGUAGCAGCAAUAGGGACCUGCACACUUUAAGGAGGCAGGUAGCCAAACUACAGUAAUUACAAGACAGGCACCUGCACCAUGUACCAAGGCAACUAAUACAUCUUUUGUGUGACCAUGAUGCAUCAUGGCACAUGCUGUGCUCAACAGUGUAAAAGACUAGCAGUGGUGUGUGGCUGUCGAAUUCUUAAUUGAAUGGUAGUUUGUUUGGUAUGACCCAUUAACCUGAGCAUAUGAGCCAUGCUAGCAGCUGUGACAGAGUUAUCAUGACCCAAGUGUGGCACUAACACUGAGACACGUUCUCUGCCCUGCUGUUGUUGUUGUUAACCUGUAAGAAGUCGUCCUGUGUCCAGCAAAGCUCGACACAUCCCCUCCAUCACCCGCUCCAAGAGCAAAACUUUGUGUAACCCACCAAAUACAGAUAUCAUGCAGUUA